UGGGGCUGAGAACCGCUAGGGUUUUAAGCCGCGUCCUGGGCUGUGCGCAGGCGCCCCAGAGAGGAAAGCCAGGCACGCUUCAGCCAAUGAGAGCGCGCCUGCGGCCCGGCCCAGAGCCCGGGCUCCUCUCCAGCAAGCUUCCGCGACAGGCACCGACAGACGGGUGGAGCGGUACGCGCCCAGCUGAGAUUUCACGGGUGGGGACUCAGAGAGCACUGCGGAGUGAACAAUGAAUGAAUUAUUUUUCUGGACAACUGAAGACCCGGACUUUUAAAUACAGAAACUUUUUUUUUUUUUUUGCUUUGAUUAUUUUUGACAGAAUCACUUCUAAAACAUGCUCCAUAAUUCUCUGCAUGACAUACUUUAUGCUCCAUGUUUGAAAGUCACUGAGGAUACAAUCCCUAAUUUUUGCAACUUUGCUGUGAGUGACUCUUUGGAGACUAAUUCUGAAGUAACUCUUAAGACAAAUCCUUGAUUAAUGGAUGCCUGGAAGUUGACCUACAUAUAUAUUCAGAAAUGUUUUGCCACCUGAGACCUGUGAGGAGGUUAUGUCCAGGAAAGAUAUUUCCAUACUGGUUUCUCUACUCAAGAGCUUUAUCGGGAGCUGAAGCAGUCAAUGCCUUGAGGCCAUUCUAUUUUGCUGUACAUCCAGAUUUCUUUGGACAGCACCCCAGGGAAAGGGAAGUCAAUGAAAAUUCUCUUAAGAGAUUAAGUGCCUACUUAGAAAACCUCCAGAAACCAGGCUUCAAGUCUUUGAAACCAACCCAGCUUAUGUUUUAUGUCAGAGAAACAGACCAGAACUCCUCUGAUGGCCAGGAACACUUCAGCACUUCCGGAUUUCGAGCAGUCAAAUUUACUUUGCACACCAGAGAUCUGCUAAGCACAGUGUUAUAUAUUCUCAACUCCUGCAGUUUAUCUAUUGAACAUAUCCAAAGCUUGAAUACUAAUGUGCAUUCCCAGCCUCUCAAAGAGGCCAAAAGGAUAUCUGACAGGCCCAUCAAAUGGGACAAGUCUUACUACUCCUUUACUGGGUUCAAGGACCCUGAUGAAGACCUCGAGCAAGUCUGGAGAAUGGAAACAACCCUAACAUCCUGGUUAGAUAACAAUGGGAAAAGUGCUGUUAAAAAGCUGAAGAAUAGUUUGCCACUUAGAAAAGAACUAGAUCGUUUAAAAGAUGAACUGUCCCAUCAAUUGCAGCUCUCGGAUAUCAGGUGGCAGAGGAGCUGGGGCAUCGCCCACCGCUGCAGCCAGCUGCACAGUUUAGGCCGCUUAGCCCAGCAGAACUUGGAAAGCCUUAAAAAUGCAAAAGGAUGUACAGUAAUAUUUACAGACCGGUCCGGGAUGAGUGCAGUGGGCCAUGUGAUGCUGGGAACAAUGGAUGUCCAUCAUCACUGGACAAAACUUUUUGAAAGAUUACCGAGUUAUUUUGACCUGCAGAGGAGGCUGAUGCUUCUGGAGGACCAAAUAAGCUAUCUUCUAGGUGGCAUCCAAGUUGUUUAUAUCGAAGAAUUACAGCCAGUGUUGACACUUGAAGAAUAUUACUCUCUUCUCAACGUGUUCUAUAAUAGACUCUUGAAAAGUCGAAUACCUUUUCACCCUCGAAGUUUGCGUGGUUUGCAAAUGAUCCUUAACAGUGACAGAUAUGCUCCAAGUCUGCACGAACUUGGGCAUUUUAACAUUCCGAUCCUCUGCGAUCCAGCAAACCUCCAGUGGUUUAUUCUCACCAAAGCCCAACAGGCAAGAGAGAACAUGAAAAGAAAAGAAGAGUUGAAAGUCAUUGAAAACGAAUUGAUGCAGGCUUCCAGGAAGAAAUUUUCUCUGGAAAAGUUUUAUAAGGAGCCCAGCGUUUCAAGUCUACAAAUGGUGGAUUGUUGUAAGAGACUUCUAGAACAAUCACUGCCUUAUCUACAAGGGAUGCACCUCUGCAUUUCACAUUUUUACUCUGUUAUGCAGGAUGGAGACCUUUGUAUUCCUUGGAAUUGGAAGAAUGGAGAAGCCAUUAAAUAACACAGAAAUCUGUAUUAUUUUUUAAAGAGAUAAGAAACUGCUAAACUUAUUUAAAUCCACAAUUUGAUGUAACAGUAUUACUGACGUGUUACAAGAAAAAAAGUUUCUAACUGCUGCUUUAAAAGUAGACUUUUAAAAAAUUAAUUUCUAUUAGGAAACUUGUUUAAAAAAGGUUUUAUCUCCCAAUCUUGUAGUGUUUCUUAUCUGAUUGGCAGGACUGGCUGAAAAGAUGUUAGAAAGAAAGGAUUCUACAGGGUGAAAGAUAUAUAUAUAUAUAUAUAUAUAUAUAUAUACACACACACACACACACACAUAUAUAUAUAUAUUUUUUUUUUUAUGAGUGAAUGUUGGUAAGUAUAAACAGGUCUCAUUCAGUAUAGCUCUAGAGUUGCGGAACUCACUUCCACCUGUAACAAUUCAACGUGCGACUUUAUAGUUACAUCCCAUGUAUCGAUACACACACCUGUAUUUCGCAGCCAAUUAUGGACAGUUUGAGUCCAAAACAGAUGACUGAUGGGUAGUAAAAAUUCGUUAAUCAAAUUUUGCCUGAAGAGAGAGUAGAUGGGAAAAAGCAAUUGAAUGAACAAAUGCUAUUGACAUUAUCAUAAGCUGAUACAGUUUGUUAAAGCAUUUCCAGUAACAGAGAAUUUAAAGUUUUCCUAUGCAUUAAGAUAUUCUAACUGUUGGUAGCCUGUAACCAAGAGACAGUGAAUUUUUUUUGAAACACUGAAUGAGGUGAUUCAUUUGUUUCAAGGACAAACACUAUCCAGAAAAAUCCUUGUUUCUCAAAGAGUUCCAUCAAGUAGGGCCAAGUUUAAAAUGAUUCUGACCAUUCAGGAUCUGCCACCCCUCUCAACCCCGGUCUUCCAAUGAUUAGAACACUGGUUAGAGCCCCUCUGAGUCACCCCCUGUCCAUAGUUGUGUGGACUUUCCUGGACCCACCACCCAGCCCAGCCCCAAGCCCUAUAGACAGACACAGGGCUUCUCUCUCUGGAUAUUUCCCUUAGGAUAAUAUUUUUAACCAGAUCCAAAAUCCUCUUCAGCUUGUUUCUCAGGAGGACAAGGUGAAUCCAGGUUUGUAACAACAUUUUUGAGGCUCUUACUGCUGAAGAAAUAAGAAAGGAAUUUUUUCCAUAGUGCAUUAGAAAGGAAAAGAGAUGUUAAAAAUGAUUCUCGAAGCAUAUUUUAAAUUUAUCUAAAACACUGAUUAUUUGAACGUUUUAAAUUCAAAUGUGUGUUUGAAUAAGUAUUGAUUUGUAAUUAUUAUAGUUUGUGCAUAUCACCCCUUUUAAGCUGUGCCUAACAACUGUACUUAAUUUUUUUUCUCAUGUAAAAAUGUUGUUGCCUAUAGAAGUUUUCCAGAGCCAAAUGAUGGGAGUAAAAAAUUCUUUAGAGGUUACAUAGGAAAAUUUAUUUGAGGGAAUUCCCUGGCGGUCCAGUGGUUAGGACUCCACACUUUAACCGCCAAAGGCGAGGGUUCGAUCCCUGGUUGGGGAACUAAGAUCCCAAAAGCCAUGCAGUGUGGCCAAAAAAAUAAUAAUAAUAAUUUACGGAAAAAUAUGUUUGGAUUAUGCCAUUUCUAAAAUCAACUAAUAUAGAAUCCUUAGUAAUAUGUUUUGAAUUGGACUUUGUCUCAGAACUAAUUGUUUUAUAAUAAGUAAUACGUUAACCAGAUAAUUGUUUUCUCAUUAUUCAUUUGUUAAUAGUUUACAACUAUUUCAACAUAAAGGAAUCUAC